GGAGAGCCGCAUGCGCCGAGAAAGCGUUGGUCAUUGAAACAGCCCGGACCCCACCAUUGGCAACACUCUGGGCCCUGUCGAAGAGGGGAACCCAGGAGAGGGUAGCCUGCGUAUAAGAGGCGAUAAGAGCUUCGUUCUGACCUGGAAGUCAUCAUCAACGUUGAUCCUACCUGCUUAUCGCCCUCUCACAUCAACCAUGUCGAAAGAUUACGAGACUUAUUCCCUCGGAAACUGGGAAUUGAAGAAUGGCGGCAGCAUCCCCAACGCACACAUCGCCUACAAGACAUUUGGAGAUGCCAGUUCGCCCGCCAUCAUCUACCCUAGUUGGUACAGCGGGCUGAUCUCCGACAACGAAUGGCUUAUCGGAGAGGACAAGACGCUCAAUCCCGCCAAGUACUACAUCAUCAUCACCGCGCUGUUUGGCAACAGUCAGUCCUCUUCGCCGAGCAACACUCCGGAUCUUCGUCCGUGGCCGGAAGUCACCUUCUACGACAAUGUCAGAGCGCAGCACGAGCUCGUUACCAAGAAGCUCGGCGUCAAGCAUGCUCGCGCUGUACUAGGCUGGAGUAUGGGCGCCGGCCAGACGUAUCAGUGGGCAACGCAGUACCCCGAUUUCAUGGACUUGGUUGUCCCAUUCUGCGGCAGCGCAAAGACUUCGCUGCACAAUCAGGUGUUCUUGGAGGGGGUGAAGAGUGCGGUGUUGAGUGGCAAGGGCGCCGUUUCCGGCGGAAUUUGCAAAGGUGAGGCGAUUAAGGGCAAGUACAGAGGGUGGACGGAUGAGGAGAAGACGGUGGGAUUGAAAGCUCUCGGUCGAGUGUACGCUGGAUGGGGCUUCAGCCAACCCUUCUAUCGCGAGAAGCUGUAUGAGACCAAGUUGGGGUUCAAGGGGCUUGAGAACUUCAUGGUCAACUUCUGGGAGGCCUGGGCUCAGUCGAAGGAUCCCGAGAACAUGAUUGCCAUGUUGUACACUUGGCAGUCUGGAGACUGCUCGGCCCAAGACCCAUACAAUGGCGACUUCGCAGCGGCCAUGAAGGGCAUCAAAGCAAAGGCCCUCGUCUUGCCUGGAAGGACCGAUUUGUACUUUCCUCCGGAAGACUCGGAGUAUGAAGUGGCCAAUAUGCGAGAAGGGGUGGGCGAAUGCUAUGCCUUUGAGUCAAUCUGGGGGCAUUGGGCGGGCGGGCCUGGUGACAGCGCGGAAGAUGUCAAGUGGUUGGAUGAGAAGCUGCGUGAGUUCUUCUCUAGGAAUUGAAUCGGGCAUGAGUAGGAGAGGAUGCCUGUAUCGGAGAAAUCUUGAAACUACCUCACAGUGACAGUUCAGAUUCAUGUUGAGGGCAUGCGCAUUACCUAAGCGUGUCUUGGACGAUUAAGGUUUUGACAGCAGUGCAGCGUGCAGGAUCACGCUAGAAAGUCGCAA